UUUUAUUUUAAAAGUAGUUUUAAGUAAUAUUUUGUAAUGUAUAGUAUCAUUAACUCUAACUUUAACAGAACUUAUAACCCAAAUAGCAGACAAAAUGCUUUGUCGGAUAUAAAGAAGUUACUAACAUCUCGUGAUACAGCUGCACAGAACAAAGCCUGUGGGUAUUUAAUCGAAGUUAUAAGCCGUUAUAAUAAAAAUUCAAACGAAGGGGCUCGUAUGGUUGAAUAUUUACUUGAGAAUGAUAUUACUGUAUUCUUGUGUGAAGCCACUUCGAAUUUAGAUUUUACGCUCUUUCGGUCCAUAUUAACAUGCCUCCGUUUACUCUGGCGUUCGAGACAGUUUUUUGCUUGCGAACACGCGGCGCACGCGAUGACGGGCGUGCUGCGCGCUCUCGCUCAUUACGCCAGCAGCGGCUCGAAGCAGCCUGUCGAUGUCUGCUUGCAUUUCUUGUGUGAUCUACUGAAUAGCGUAGCUAUGAACAAGACCACACCACCGCUCUCCCACCAAAGUGCUUACAGCACAGUUCAGCUGCUCGCUUGUCUGAGCGCCCUUAGUACCCGCAUCAGUACCAACCCCAACACGAUUCUAUCCAGCGCUUUAGUAAUACACAGCUUAAUAUCCUAUCAGCCAGACAACUUAACAAUUAACACAAAUACAGCGAACGCUUUACUAGAAGUGUUAAAGAAAUGGUUCGGUCUCCUAAUGGGAACUUUGAACCAUUACAUGUUGGUCGGAGAUAAUACUGAUUCUGGAAUGUUCUACGCCGUUAUCUGCCAGCUCGGGUUGGACGUAUUCGGACUCAUAAAACUGGUUGGCCGCGAUCAGAAAGCGGACUUCGUUCAGACGAUAUUAAGUGAUGAUCACGAGAUAAACGGUUUGAGACAGAGCUUGGCGCAAAUGAAGGAAGCUGUUAGUCUUGUAGUAGCUGAACUUGUUGGCUUUACUAAGGAACAUCAAACACAAAUUCCAACGGAGGAAUACAAUCAGUUCUUGAGGCUUUUACUAAGCUACUUUUAUGACCAUCCCAAUGCGGAAAAUGUUACCGAUUUUUGUGACAUGCUUUUUUCUAAGGGAUACCUCAUGAUGCUGCCGCAGGUUCAAAUAAAUAGAAACGACGUGUCAGUACGCAAAAUGAGUACUCUCGUCCUCGGAGAGUUGUUGAAAGUUUUAGCCGACAAAUAUCUGAUGGUGAACGACGUCCACACUGCAACCUGCGCCAAAGACAUACACAUGGGCCUUAUAGAGUUACAGUACGGUAUAGAGCGUCCGCAUCGCAUCGGUUCGCAGCUACAAAAGAGCCAGCCCUACAGCCUGCUCAUAUACAUCUACUUCUACUGCCAGUCCUCAGAGAAUCCUGAAGAAGCGACGGCACAGCUUCUGCCGUACCUCGUGGAACACAUCCUGAAGCUGCCGAAGUCAUUCAGACCACCUCCUUACAUUAUAAAAGCACUUUGGCUCGUGUUUGCCAUGUCGUCCAUAUCAAACGGCUCCCUGCAGUCUCUAGACGAGCGGGUCUACCUAGAGAAGGCCACAGACCGCCUGGUGACCAUGCUACACCCACAACCUUCAGUGUAUUACACGCACAACCCCGCGAUACUGCUGUGGGCGUUCACAUCACAAAGGAUCUCGCAUUUCGUGCAGUUGGCUGUUCUAACCCAAUGGCUGAAAUCCGAAGACUCUCUUCCUACCGACCUUACAACCCAACCCGCAGUAUGGGAGUUGCUCCUAAACAUCCUGAUACAGUGUACAGACAAGACUGUAGUGGGGAACGGUAUAGAGGCCUUACAUGUGUGCUUGGAAGACGGUGAUGAUGAAUCAAGGCAAGACUUUGCUGUGCUCGUGUGGUCCAUGUUACCGAAUGUACUGUCUAAAGUGCUGAUAGACCCUGAAUGUCAGAUAGAUUCCAAUAUUUGCCAUUUCCUAGAUCUAGCAACAGAAUUACCGCCUCUCCAAAUAGAUCAGAUAGUGUGCCUCAAGACAGCCGUACUGAUCACAGCGAUAUUCUCCAAGAACCUUCCAGAACAUUGUGAUGAAGGCAUCAGGCAUCACUAUGAGUAUGUGUGUAUGAAGCUCGGCUUGUAUCUACUGAGUAUGGCUAACCAACAAAAUGAUAAUAGAGUUCUCUUAAGCUACACAAACCGCGUCGGUUUCCUGCAAGCUGUGUUAUCGGCCGCCGACAGCGCGGACGAGAGAGUCGCCUGCGCAGCGCUACAGCUGCUCUCCUAUGUCAUACACUACUUCACCAAAAGCAACUACCAGCCAAAAUCAGUACUACAAAUCCAAACCCAUUUAAUCAUAAGAGCCUUGAAACGAGACAGCACUAGCGAGAGGGGAGCCUCUCUAUUACAGCUGGUAUACAUGGUGCUGAAUACUGGUGCUAGUUCACCUCUAGCGUUGGCGUAUAGUGUGGAGGAGCGGCCUACAGUGAGUGCGCAGUGCAAUGCCUUGAGAGCGUUGAUGUUCCGGAUACAGCUGAUGCUGUGUUGCAGGGACUCCAAAAACCAAUCAUCAGCCGGUUGGAAAACUCUCAGCUCGAUCUUCAAACACGCUAUAGUAACCAAGAACGACACUAAACUAAUAGCGACACUCACAUCCCAGCCUUGGACACACACACUCAUACAUUUCCAACUCACUCAGGGACAGACACAAGAGUUCCUAACAUUCACACAAAACUGGUUGACAUUGCUGAAGAUCACGAUCAAGAAGUACCAAGAAGUAAAGAGGAUACAACUGGGAAAGCACAGCUUGGUGAUCAAGACUAUGGUGAUGAUGAAGAAGAACUUGGACGUGAACGGGGAGUUUAAAGAUGUGGCUGAAAAGCUAUUGGUGAUUGUGGAUGAGAUUCUAGAAGAUUCUGGGAUAAAACGUGAUUAAAAUUGCACAGCACAACA